UCACUUCACUCUCUCUCUCUCUCUCCCUCUCUCUAUAAAUCACAGCGACCCUUUCCUCCCCCAAUAAAUCCAAACUCCCUCUCUCUCUCUCUCUCUCACACACACACACACUCUCUCUCUCUCUCUCUCUCUCUCUCUCUCCAGGCACAUUUCUGAACCCCAUGGACCCAAUACAACACGCGGUGUUCAGGCCACCGGAGACCCCGUUCGAGCCCAUGGAGUUCCUCUCCCGCUCUUGGAGCCUCUCCGCUCUAGAAGUCUCCAAAGCUGUUUCACCAGCUCAAAUACUCUCCAAAACCCUGGCCAACGGCGCCAAAUGCGGCGGCGGAAUCAACGGUGGCGGAGGCGGCGAAACUAUACCGGAGGACAUCGCCGGGGAGGUGGAGGAGGCGGCGGCUGUUUCCGGAAACCCUUUCUCGUUCGCUUGUUCCGAGACUUCUCAGCUCGUCAUGGAACGCAUAAUGUCGCAAUCUCAAGAUGUAUCACCACGGACUUCAGGCAGGCUUUCUCACAGUGGGCCUUUGAAUGGUGGCUCUCUCACUGACUCCCCCCCUCUCUCUCCCUCCGAAAUCGACGACAAGUGUGCCCGUUCGAGCAACCCAACUAACACUCAGUACAGUUGGGCCACUAGUGGCGGCAGCGGUGCGGUGGCUGGUGGUGGAGGGAAGACAGUGGGGAGGUGGUUGAAGGACAGGAAGGAGAAGAAGAAAGAAGAGACUAGAGCUCACAAUGCGCAGCUCCAUGCUGCUGUUCAGGUUGCCGGGGUGGCCGCAGCUGUGGCGGCUAUUACUGCGGCCACAGCUGCCACCUCCGGGGCGGGGAAAGAUAAACAGAUGGCGAAGACAGAUAUGGCGGUUGCCUCUGCCGCCACGUUGGUGGCUGCACAAUGCGUGGAAGCGGCUGAGGCCAUGGGGGCUGAACGCGAACACUUGGCUUCUGUUGUUAGUUCUGCUGUUAACGUCCGGUCUGCUGGAGAUAUCCUGACUCUAACUGCGGCUGCAGCCACUGCUUUGCGUGGGGCGGCCACAUUGAAGGCAAGGGCAUUGAAGGAAGUGUGGAACAUAGCGGCGGUGAUUCCAGUGGAGAAAGGAAUGGCAAAUGUUAAUGAGGGAGGUUCUGGCAAUGGAAGUUCCAACGGCAGUAGUUUCAGCGGUGAGCUUGUCCCUGAAGAGAAUUUCCUGGGCGUUUGCAGUCGGGAGUUGCUGGCUAAAGGUUGUGUACUCCUCAAGCGAACUCGGAAAGGCGAUCUUCAUUGGAAAAUAGUGUCUGUUUAUAUCAACAAACUGGGCCAGGUAAUGCUGAAGAUGAAGAGCAGGCAUGUUGCUGGGACCAUCACAAAAAAGAAAAAGAAUGUGGUGUUGGAAGUGUACAAAGAUAUGCCGGCCUGGCCCGGCCGCCACCUGCUCGAGGGCGGCGAACACCGCCGGUACUUCGGGCUGAAGACCAUGAUGCGUGGGGUUGUCGAAUUCGAGUGCCGGAACCAGAGGGAGUAUGAUAUUUGGACUCAGGGUGUCACAAGGCUUCUCUCCGUUGUAGCUGAAAAGAACAAUAGACAUAGAGUGUGAUGUUUAACUAGAGUGAGAGUGGUAGAAUUAGUAUAUUGUUGUGUUUUGGAAAUUUGGUUGGGUUGGUUCUUUUUUUUUUUUGGUGUUUCUUUUGUAAAGAAGAUAAAUUAAAAGUGUGGUGUUAUCCAAAUGGGCCUCUCUUUUGCUUUGGGAGCACA